AUGUUGGGCAAAAGGGAAGACAAGCUGAUGGUGCUGGCUGUCUGGGUUAUCACAUUGAGGAUGAUUCACCCUGUAGCCAAAGACCAGGGAUCAACUGCUCAUUACGGGCUGGACCUCAGGCAGUCAAUAAAAACUCAGUACCUAAGAAAUUUCUGCAAAACAAUUUCCCAUAUGUUUGAAUUAAGCUCAUUAGCGGGAACGGAGAAGCCGUGCUCUUGGAGGUUUGGCGCUCUGGCCUUGGCUGGCCAGUGCCCGGCGAGGGUGUGCACACUCGUGAAAACGGGUCAUUCAUUUCUUCCAGACCCCCCCCCAAAAAGAGGAAAAGUCGGUGAAAACCUCAGUGCCAAUGUUGGCGACACCGAAAACUCACGUCAUCCAGAACCUUUAGAACGGGUGUCCCAGGAACCAGCCUGGGUCUGCGCACCAGCGCACACGCGAUGCGACACGCUUCGGUCACCGCGUUGCCACGGCUGGGUGGACGCGCAGGGCAACUACCACGAGGGCUUCCAGUGCCCGGAGGACUUCGACACGCCGGACGCCACCAUCUGCUGCGGCUCUUGCGCGCUGCGCUACUGCUGCGCCGCGGCCGACGCCAGGCUGGAGCAGGGCGGCUGCACCAACGACCGCGGCGAGCUGGAGCACCCGGGCGUCACGGCGCAGCCUGUAUACGUUCCCUUCCUCAUCGUCGGCUCCAUCUUCAUUGCGUUCAUUAUCCUGGGCUCAGUCGUGGCAAUCUACUGCUGCACUUGUUUGAGACCCAAGGAGCCCUCACAGCAGCCGAUCCGCUUCUCGCUCCGCAGCUAUCAGACGGAGACCCUGCCCAUGAUCCUGACCUCUACCAGCCCCAGGGCGCCAUCCCGGCAGUCCAGCACGGCCACCAGCUCCAGCUCCACAGGCGGCUCCAUCCGCAGGUUCUCCUUCACCAGGGCUGAGCCAGGCUGCCUGGUGCCCUCCCCACCCCCACCUUACACCACAGGCCACCCCAUCCACCUGGCCCAGCCAUCUGGAUUCCUGGUGUCACCCCAAUAUUUCGCUUACCCCCUCCAGCAGGAGCCCCCACUGCCCGGAAAGAGCUGUCCAGACUUCAGUUCCAGUUGACAGGCCAUGGCCGUGAAUCCACCAUGCGGUAAAAGGGCGGGCAGGUGGGGCCCUGGCCAUACACACUGCUGAGAACAUUCCUCUGUAACUGAUCAGUGUCAUGGAGGAACGUGCUAGGAAAACAUGGCACCUGCCAAUCUCAAGGUUCCUGGCUCCAAUCAGAGGGUGGCUGAGCUAGAGAUUGCUUCCUGGUUUUGCAAACGUGGUGACCAUUACAUUUCGAUGUAUGCUACUUUUAUUCAAAAUAUGCAGUGGUUUGGAUUUACAGGUGCAGAUUGGCUGACAAUGUUUUAUUGGACAAUUCAGUUAUACUGCUAAGAAAAAGGCUACAUGCCCCUUUUUCGUAUCAGUUGUUUUUUGAGUUAUGAUAGAAAUAUAUGCAUAAAUAAGCAAGGAAACACACCUAAUUAUAAUUAUGGAAGGUGCACUUAAAUUAACGAUUAAGUACACUUGAGAGGGAAGUGAGCGACUUAUUUAUGGUUUGGGGAGUAACCUACCCAGUGGAUAAUAUUAGCCUGAGGAGAGCAUUUAAUUUUUAAAUUAAUAACUAAAUGUUGUUUAAUAUGUUUUUUCCCCCAGAAUACAAGGUUUCCAUAACCACUUGAGAAGUUUAAAGUUUUAGAUAUAUACCCAGACGUUCAUUGUAACACAGAUUCUGUGUAAAAGUAUUUCCCUGACCACCUGAGGGAAUAUUUAUUGCAGAUUUUUUGUUCAGCAACAUUUAGUGUUUCAGUGAAAGUUGGACAGUUGGGUCUUAAAACAUUUAUCUGUAAAAUGAGUUAUGUACAAAUGUAAAGAUUUGUAAUUUAAUGCAUUUGCCACAUUGACCAUACUAAUUAUUUAGUAGUCACACUGUAAUUUUUAUGUUAAUAAUAACUGUGGAGUUCAAAGUCUAGCUAUUGGUAUAAUCAUCUAAUAUUACAUAUCUCAAGUGCCACUGAAUUCCAUGUCUGAUGACCCCGUAUUUGGGCAUGUAUCCUGUUGGGUUAGAAUAAAUAAAAUACUUUAUAUUUUCAUGAGCUCUA